CAGCUGCGGCGCGUGACGCGGGGCGCGCGGCUCCGGCGGCUACCGCGGGCGGGCGCAGGCGAGGGGGACGGCGGGCGAGCGGGCGGCAUGGCGGCGGCGGAGCCCGUGGCGAGGCCAACGGGGCCCGAGCCCAUGCCAAGCUACGCGCAGCUAGUGCGGCGCGGCUGGGGCAGCGCGCUGGCGGCGGCGCGGGGCUGCACGGACUGCGGCUGGGGGCUGGCGCGCCGCGGCCUGGCUGAGCACGCGCACCUGGCGCCGCCCGAGCUGCUGCUGCUGGCGCUCGGCGCGCUGGGCUGGACGGCUCUGCGCUCCGCGGCCACCGCGCGCCUCUUUCGGCCCCUGGCAAAGCGGUGCCGCCUCCAGCCCAGAGAUGCCGCCAAGAUGCCCGAGAGUGCUUGGAAGUUUCUCUUCUACCUGGGCAGCUGGAGCUACAGUGCCUACCUGCUGUUUGGCACCGACUACCCCUUCUUCCACGACCCACCGUCUGUCUUCUACGACUGGACGCCCGGCAUGGCGGUGCCACGGGACAUCGCAGCCGCCUACCUGCUCCAGGGAAGCUUCUAUGGCCACUCCAUCUACGCCACGCUGUACAUGGACACGUGGCGCAAGGACUCGGUGGUCAUGCUGCUCCAUCACGUGGUCACUCUCAUCCUCAUCGUCUCCUCCUACGCCUUCCGGUACCACAAUGUGGGCAUCCUUGUGCUCUUCCUGCACGAUAUCAGUGACGUGCAGCUUGAGUUCACCAAGCUCAACAUUUACUUCAAGUCCCGCGGUGGCUCCUACCACCGGCUGCAUGCCCUGGCAGCAGACCUGGGCUGCCUCAGCUUCGGCCUCAGCUGGUUCUGGUUCCGCCUCUACUGGUUCCCGCUCAAGGUCCUGUACGCCACUUGUCACUGCAGUCUGCGCGAGGUGCCUGACAUACCCUUCUACUUCUUCUUCAACGCACUCCUGCUGCUGCUCACCCUUAUGAACCUCUACUGGUUCCUGUACAUCGUGGCGUUUGCAGCCAAGGUGCUGACAGGCCAGGUGCGUGAGCUGAAGGACCUGCGGGAGUACGACGUGGCCGAGGCCCAAAGCCUGAAGCCCAGCAAAGCCGAGAAGCCACUGAGGAACGGCCUGGUGAAGGACAAGCGCUUCUGAAUCCCUCGGCCCCGCCCCCGUGGACCCGGCCCCACCCCGAAUACCCCGGCCACGCCCCCCGUCCUUGGUGCCCCUCCACCCCCUCCAACUCCACGCCUCUAGGGCCGUGGCCACCUCCCCUGGGCCCCCGCCCCCUCAUCCUGCCUUCAUUCCCUGGCCACGCCCCCCCAGGACCCCUGCCCCUCCCGGGACACUGACCCCACCCUCAGCCCACUGGUCCCGGGCCGCGGCGGACCCUGUGCACUCUCUGGCCAUCACCUGGGAGGAAGAUGCUACCGCCGCGGCAAGGUCCCGGCGGCCAACACCUCCUCCUCCUCCUGGUCCUCCUGCUGCCCUCGCUACCCCCGACCCGCGCCCCCGUCCCCCCAGGCCCAGCCGCCGCCCUGCUCCAGGCUCUCGGGCUGCGCGAUGCGCCCCAGGGCGCCCCCAGGCUCCGGCCGGUUCCCCCGGUCAUGUGGCGCCUGUUUCGACGCCGGGACCCCCAGGAAACCAGGUCUGGCUCGCGGCGGAUGUCCCCAGGGGUCACCCUGCAACCGUGCCACGUGGAGGAGCUGGGGGUCGCCGGAAACAUCGUGCGCCACAUCCCGGACCGCG